AUGGAAGGACGACGGAGAAGAGACAAGAAGCAGAAAAAGCCGUUAGGCCGAAGAUGGGUGGAGCCGCCGCCGUCGCCGCCUCCAGAGCCAUCCGAGACGGAAGAGUUUUACGAUGCUGAUGUGUUUGUGGACGAACCCAGCAGCGAACAUGAUUACGAUGCUGCCGACUUUGCAGCGAGAGAACCUCAACAUUUGAUGAGUUCGACAUUCUCGCGUUUUUUGGGCAUGGCUUCCACGAUCCAAGAACCAACCCCACAAAGAAGUUGGACGCAAGUGAAUCAAGAGCAAGAUGAAGAGUACGAUCGAGGAUGCAGCAGCAGCAGCACAAAUGGGGGCAUGCAUGACAGAAGAGUAGACAGAGAAAACGGCAAACAGUUUGGGGCCAGUUCAGGGCUGGAAGGGGAAAAGACAACACAAUCCGAACUGCAGCCUCCAAUAUUAGGCAAUCAGCACGCAGCAGCAGCCUAUGAGCAGCAGCAGCAGCUCGAGGACACUGUUCACCACCACAACCAGCGCUCUGAUCCGAAAAGAAGCGGCGAAGAUACCGAAAGAAGAAAACGAGAAGAAGAGGCCCGCAAAGCCGGUUUGGUCACUGAAGACGUCGAAUUCGAAAAGGAGACAAAUAGAAACAAAGGGGUUGGCGAAGACAAGGCGGCUAUUUCGCAACCCCAGCCUUACGGGAUGGUCAAUCAACAACGGCACCUGAUACAACAGUAUCAGGACCUGUUGGAUGACUCGGCUGUGAUCCCAAAAAUCAAAAGCGGAGACACAAGCGGAGACAAAGAUGAAAAGGAAGGAAUUAGGACAGUUGCUGUUGCCACCAUUGAGGACGUUACAAAAAACGAAAAGCUGGAAGACAAAGCGUUUGUCGAUAACGAUGAAGAGGACGAGGGAACAAGCCAAACAAAAACGGAAACUGUAGCAGACGAUUCCAGAGAACCAGAGAGUUCAAGCGGGCACGAAAACCAGCAACAUGUAGCUAUUGCCAACACUUCCAAUCAGAACAGGUCCCUGAGACAGUUGAUGCAUCCGAGCAUGAAUGGUGGUCAAAUAGCCUUUGGGCGCGAAAAUAGUGCGGCAAAUCGUCUGAACAUGAUGAAACAGAGAUGGGAUUCCGUGAGCCAUCUGAGCAGUGCAGAAGGGUCGUCUUCUUCCGUGAAUUCUUCAGUGGAUUAUUCAGAUAGUGAAGACGAGGAGAAAAGUGAAUCAGAUGCAAGCGCAACCAACAACAUUACAAACACAAACAACAACGACGAGAGUAGAUGCGAGAACGUCGAGGAGCAGAGGCAAUCCACAACGUCGAUGGACCGCCGAAAGCUUUUGUUGGAAAGCAAUAAACUACCUUCUGGCAACCGCGUAAGGGCACUUCUGGCCUUUAAGGAAGUCAGCAAAUCAGUCCGAAAUAACAUUACUGGAAGGGACAACAUCAACUUUAAGCAUCGAGUGCGCUCAAGUCGACAAAUUGACAUGGAAACUGGUGUCAAGUCCACACGAGAAUUCACGGCUCAAAAAGUGGUAGACCCGGAGUACUUCACACCCAUGGAUCCCAGGCAACGACGAAAGAAACUCUUCUAUCGAAAGCAGGCUGAAGCGCUGGGGGCAGAAGUGGACGAAAACAAUGGUCUCGCCUUCAACAAACAAAUAGGAAAGAGAGCCUCGAUGAGCGGAAUUCAGAAAAGCUCGGGGAUGCAGGACCAAGAAGAGUCUCCUCCCGUACAAUAUCGUUUGAGUUCCAUGAUUGCAAAGGACGACAAUAGCUUUUUCAAGGAGCAUUUCCACCUUUUGAGAGAGUAUCUGUACUGGUGCUUGCGAAAGAGCUUCCUCUGGGUUUUGUUCACCGAAUCCGUCAUCUAUCUCGUAAUAUGUUGGUCUUUUUCGAUUUGUUACUACAUACUGGGCAGGUUAAACCCAGAAUGUAUCGUCGGCGCCGGUGGACUGACAUUUGAAGAAGGACAGAUGGGGUUCGUGGACGCCUUCACGCUCAGCUGGACCACAUUUUCUACUGUGUCAUUUGUGGGAGUGCUCUCCGCUUCGUUUUGUAGUGCUAUCCUCUUCGCGAAGAUAGCCAAAACACAAUCGAUCGCACACGUCGCUUUCAGUGAAAACGUGGUUAUCCGCUUUGGCCACGAGUUGCUCCAGGAUUCGCUGCGAAAUUCUUCCAAACACAACCCACUUCUAAGGGAUUCAACCAGAGGAGAUCUUGCGAUUGAUUUGUUCAAGAAGAAGCAAAUCACGAAGUACCCGGCUCCCAUCCUGGAAUUUCGUAUUGUCAAUCUACUCCAUGGAGAGACGGGUGGAGAGGUCAUGAACUGCAAGCUCAAUGUUGUGGCGAGCUCCUUGGAAGAAGUCACCAAACAAGAUUGCAUCACUUCGCGGUCAAGUUUCAUGGACACCGCCCUCCCUUCGAAGCAAGCGGUGAAGGGGAUGAAAAUAUUACAGAGCCUCAAAGAAAAAGCAAAGAAAGCAAAGAAAGCGGCAAAAGUAAGCACUAGCGGGAAGAUCAGCAGAAGUGGAUCCCUCAUUCAAAAGGUGAAUCGCAAGCUGACAGACUUCGCAGCUUUGAGUGGCCGAGGCUUCCGCACUAGUGAUAGCGACGAUAGCGAAGGAGAGCCAUUCAAAGAAGAAGACGACGACGACGAAAGCGAAUCUGGUUUCGAGUUCGGAGACGGUGGCUUUGGAAACGUAGACUUUGGGGACCUUCUCUGCGAAGAGUACUCGGUCGAGUUGGCAGAACCCUCCGUUGCGGAAGAAAAAGCACCAGAUAAAAGCAAGAAGUCCGGCAAGAAAUCUGACAAGAAAUCUGACAAGAAAUCUGACAAGAAGUCUGGCAAGAAGAAGAAGAAACACGAUCCGUUUGUGGACCGGUCGAAGACCAUUUUUGUAGAUGAAGAACCAUCGGAGGGUGAUGGGGGGCCACGUCGUGUGUUUUCGAAAGUAGUGAUGGAAACUGACAGUCACCCAUUCUUCAAGAGAGUCUGGAACGUUCGUCACAUCUUGAAUGAGAAAUCUCCACUGUUGAAUGCGGAUGCAAGGAGUUUGAUCCGACUCAACGACGGUUUCUGGCCGGCCUCAAUGUGCAACGCAGAUGUGAUCAAGAGCUGCUUAGAGGUCACGCAACUCAUUGUUACCAUGUCUGGAACCGCAGUCGCAUCGGGCAGCUCGGUGUAUAAGCUGCAUGUCUACGAUCUUAAUUUGGCCAAAGUCGGCUAUAUUUUUGAGAAUCCAUUGGCUAAGGAUAGAGAUGGGAAACUCACAGUGGACUGGAAUCUUGUGAAUGCCAUGGUACCGCAGAAGGAAGCGAAAGAUGAAGAACUAUCGGACUGCUCCAUCAACCUCGAUAGUGGCGAUCGGGGUCAAUCAAGGUUUGGUCGAAUGCGACGCAGAUUGUCUUUUGGGAUGACUACUCUAGGUCCUACUGCUUGA